AUGGAGGCCCAGGAUCAAAUGGAGAUCAAGUACAGCGGCAAUGAAGUCGGGGGCUUGGAGCUGUGUAUAGUGUGUGGGGACAGAGCCAGCGGCAGACAUUAUGGAGCUAUCAGUUGUGAAGGUUGUAAGGGUUUCUUCAAGCGUUCAAUCCGUAAGAAGUUAGGCUAUCAAUGCCGAGGCAGCAUGAAUUGUGAAGUGACCAAACACCAUCGCAACAGAUGUCAAUACUGUCGCUUACAGAAAUGUUUGGCGUGCGGUAUGAGAAGUGACUCGGUUCAACAUGAGAGGAAGCCUAUCGUUGAUAAGUCCAAAGAGGAGCGAGCAGCAUACUCCAAGCUGCUGGGACUUGCUGGCAGCGCUCAGUCACAGAUAAAUCCUAAGGACGAACCAUCGGAUACGUUCAGCGCCGUGUCCCCCGCUGCUCCGGCGCUUAACUUCGCGCUAGCAGCAGCUGUAGCUUUCAAUAAAGGAAACCCAGUAUCUCCGUACCUGUCGGGAGGGGACGCUGAGGGAGCCCGCAGACACCAGCUGAUGCUACAGACGACCUUGGCCAAGAACCUGUUCAAGAUGGGGCAGUUCGGUGCAAUCAACGAGUAUCUUCAGACGGCGUACGGUGCGACCCCAGCGGAGGUGACUAUGAACACGGUUCACGCAGACGACGCACAAACUGACGAGGAGGGUGUGAUCCUCAGUACAUCUCAGAGCCUAACCCUGCCUCUGUCCCUGCCGGCGGGCGCGGGCGGGCCGCUCCGACUACACGCGGCGUGUGAGUCAGCCGCGCGACUGCUGGCCGCCUGCGCGAGGUGGACGAACAGCGUGCCCGCCGCCGCCGGCAUGCCGUUCGAAGCCCGCGUGUCUCUUCUCCGUAAGUGCUGGUCGGAACUGUUCGUGUUGGGUCUGUGUCGCUGGUCGGAGGCGCUAUGUUUGAGCGCGCUACUACCGGCCCUCGCCGCUCACCUUCGGGCCGAGCUUAGAGAGAGGAGCGAACAGGGACACUCACCCACACAGGACGACGGAGGAGCUGAGAUAAGUAUUUCAGACUAUUCCGACGAGCGUAUCUCUGAAGUGUGUUCUAUGUUGUGUCGUCUGCACCAGUUUGUGUGUCACAUGGAACAGUUCCGUGUGUCCGACCGGGAGUAUGCUCACCUUAGAGCAUUAUGUCUGUUCUCACCAGAUGGCGCCCCAGACUUCCUAACCCACAAACUACAGCAGCUCCAGUCAUCCUUAGUCCGUUCACUCCGCGCCGCUUGUUCAUCAGACGACGAGCGCGCCGCCUGCCUCCUGCUACAGCUACCAGUACUGAGAACCUUCAGCGGCAGCUUCAUUGAGGACGUGUUCUUCGUAGGCUUCGUUGGUGACGUCAGCAUUGAUGACGUCAUACCAUACCUACUCAACGCAGAGCGGUAA